AUGUGCCACCGGUUCAUGGCGCUGACCGACUACAACGGCCGGCCCACGCCCAUGGACGCCAUUUUGCGGCUGCGGGCAUUUGGCUUCAAGAUCCGGUACACGACGAAUGCCGAGGGCGUAGUGGACUGGGUGGGCGACACGUUGUUGUAUGGGCAGAUCCAGUUCAGCAUGGCGCAGCUACGGAUUAUGGUGCAUGGCAUGAUUGCCAGCACGCGACAGGACAUGCUGAAACAACUGCUGCUAUUGCAGUUAGACGCCGAGGGCGAGGUGAUGCCCGGGACGACGCCGUGUCCCGCUAUUUACUGGGACAAGCUGGUGGACAAUGCUGCUGCGCAGCAGGUAGGUUGGAGUUUUAUGGAGGACCCACGCAACCACCAGGCUACUAGUGUAGGGGACCCCAAGCGCUGGCUAAUUGAGCGUAUCCAGCAGGAGAAGACGUUGCGGCACGCGUUUGCUGAUGCUGCGGCGUCGCGUGUGGCUAUGGCGGAGGGUGGCAGGCUGGUGUGGGUGAAGGCGCGCAUCCAGGCAUACGGCAGAGCAGUGCGAGAAGCCCGCCACGCACUUGCAGUACUUGUGCAUAUGACGGGAGGUGCGCCGCCGCGUGGUAGUGAGUUACUGACGAUCCGUUUUCAAAAUAAUGCACAGGGGAAUCGUCGCGGAAUUUUUAUCGAAGAUGGC